AUGGACACUUGCUUCGACAUAGGUUUAGGCACUGGCAUGGUUGCACUCGCUCUUAACACUGCUUUCGGCACUGGCGUCUACCACUUGAAGGGUUUCUGCACUGGCGUCGAUACUUGUGCUGUACUCGCACUAACACGGAUCAAGGCCCCAAGGAGGGCGCGAGCACUGGCAUGGCAACUCGGUCCGCAUUGGCUUGCAACUUUGCUUUCAACACUGCUUUGGGCACUGGCGUCUACCACUGGAGGGGUUUCUGCACUGGCGUCGAUACUUGUGCUGUACUGGCUCUAA